AUGUCAAAAAGCCGCGGUCACCUCUUCACAGCAGUCGGUACUCAGAUUGACCUGAGCAUACACCGACCAUCAGAGGGACACAACCGGCCAAAGAUAAUUACGCGACAUUCGGCCCCAGAAGACCACCCCUUAUUUGCAUUGUCGCCGCCCAUAAAGUUGCUUGCGUCCAAUCUGAAUGUCCCUUGGCCCCCAAUCCACAGCACUACCUCCUGUCCUGCUCCUCUUAUGGAGACCAGUUUCGGCAUGCACACCAACCAGGGACAAACAUAA